AUGACAGAUCCCUUAGUGGAUCAGAUGACUAAACUCAGACUGAAACUUAUAGAGAAGAAGUUGAACAACGAAAGAAACCGGAUGGACGAAAGAACAGAUUCUGUCCAAUCCUCAAGGACCUAUGAUGGAGAGAUGUAUGCACUGCACGGCGCAGUGAGGAGAAAACGAGAUUUACUGCAAAGAUUGAGAGAACAGCACAUGCUGGAGGAACUCCGCAGACCUCGUACCUGGGGAGGACCGCAGAGACGACGCUCCCAGCCUCAACACCACCACCGCCACGCUGAUCACUUUCCUUCAUCACCCCCUCCUUACCCAGCGCCAUUCCUCUACCAGCCUACCCCUGGGCCUGUGGUGAUACCGUCUCUGCUCCCUCCGAUACACGUUCCGGCACAGCCCCCACACUACAUUCAACACAUUCCAACUGUGAGAAUUCCUCAGCAGCAGCCAACCUUCAUCCAACAGGUGCCACUGCAGCAACAACCGAUGAGCCAGCCGGCCCCGCCCCCUCCGAAUCACGGCCGCAGCAUCAAAGAGGACAUGGUGGAGAUGAUGCUCAUGCAGAAUGCCCAGAUGCAUCAGAUUGUGAUGCAGAACAUGAUGCUGAAAGCCCUGCCUCCCCUGGGCUUCCCUGGGUCUGAGAGGCCCGGUCACGCUACUGGACACACAGGGUACCCGGAGCAGGCAGGUGCGUUCUACCAUCACCAUCACUACAGCCAGGGCCCUGCUGCGUUGCCCCCGCUGCCCCCAAUCGGAUACCCUGCCUGGCCACCCAUGAUGUCAUCCCAAGCCCAGGGGGGCCAUCCGCACGCCGGGCCACACCUGCACGUACCCUCAAUGCAUUUCUAUGCAAAACACGAAUGAAUAGGCUCAUCCGAGGGAAAUUAUCUAAUCUAAGAGGAUGUUGGUUUUGGACUCUGAUAAGGCUUAAUAGCUUUGACGGACGUCUGUCCUUAUUGUCCGUAUUGUGUUUCCACACAUUUUUGGUCCCACAACUCGCUGAUUCCAAAGUAAUGCAUUUUUUUUUUUUCAGCGUAAUGGCCAUUCACCUAAGGACAUUUUAUUCAGCUUGCUGUCUGUUUCAUCAUUUAUUACAGUUUUGUUAGAUACAAUCAUGUUAGGUUCAUCAUUUCAACAUGUGAAAGUAUUCAUCAGGGCUCUGCAAAACCAGAAGUAUCACCACACUGUGAUUGAUAAGUUUUUAUUAUAUACGUUUAAUUUCCCCAGCAAAUCGAUAGUUUGAGUAAAAUAAAUGAUGUACUAUAUCGGUUGAAUAGGCUACCUGGCACAAAAUUGUAAUAGAAAAACGGCUAGAUCUAGACUAGAUCUACGUCUAAAAUGACUGACAAAACACGAAAUUGAGUUAGAAUGCAUUUUAUUUUACAGUCGUAGCUUAGUUUUCUGCAUCUUCUAGUCCGUAAACCAUGACCAUCUGUUUCUCUGAGAAUCAAGUCAAGAGUCAAAUAACAAAUAACAAUCUUCAAUUAUAUUUUCAACGUACACACAACUAUUGCCAUGACUUUAAUAUAUGAUUUUACAACUGUACAAAAUGGUAAUUUACAGAAAUUGUAUAAAACAAUAAUUUCACUUCAACCCAUUCCCCAUUUUCCCAUAUUUGUGAAACAACCCGCCAUCACUCACUUAAUUUGAGCUAAGAAA